AUGAAUGAACAUCCUAAGAAACGGAAAAGAAAGACUUCUUUUCCAUCUCGGUAUGCAGGACAGACAAGUGCAAAUGCAUCACCAGAUGUUACUGUUCCAAUCAAAACUGUGGAAAACAAUGGAAUAUUUUUUGACCACUGUUACAGUGUGUGUUCUAUACUACAAGUUGACCCUAAAAUUCCAGAAACGGAGGAGGAACAACCUAGUACCAAUGGAGACAGUAGGGAGAAUUGUGAGUCUCCAACAAUAAUUCCUCAGCCAAUCCAUGAAGAUGCAGUAGUAGAAGUCCAUACUGAAGAGCCGGAGUGUGUUCCUUCACCUGUAACAGAAGAAGAAAUAAAGGACAUCCCACUACAAAUACAUGAAAGUCCAGAGAGCAGUCCCUCCUCUAACCUGACAACACCACAAAAAUGGCCACUGCUCAGGGCCAACAGCGCUGGUCUAUUCCGUUGUGACCAGUGUGACUACAACAGCAAAUACUUUUCUGAUCUAAAACAGCAUAUGAUCUUAAAGCAUAAAUGCACAGAGUCUCACCUCUGCAAAGUGUGUAAACAGAGCUUUUCUAGUGAAGACUUGCUCACGGAACAUGAAAAGGUACAUGAAGAGGAUCAACUGAAUUGUAAGCACUGUGACUACAAGACCAGUUCCUACGAGAGUCUCAGUCAGCAUGUGACAGAUGCCCAUUUUAACGACUUUCUUUACUGGUGCGAACAAUGCGAUUUGCAGUUUUGCACGAGUAGUGAACUAUACUUGCACUUUCAGGAGCAUAGUUGUGAUGAACAGUACUUAUGCCAGUUCUGUGAGCACGAGACCAACGAUCCGGAAGAUUUGCACAGUCACGUAGUGAAUGAACACACCUGCCGUCUUAUCGAGUUAAGCGAUGCCUAUAACAAUGGAGCACGUGGAGAAUUCAGUCUCCUAAACAAGAUCAGCUUUGAUAAAUGUAAAAACUUCUUUGUCUGUCAGGUGUGUGGCUUCAGCAGUAGGCUCCACACCAAUGUUAAUAGGCAUGUAGCAAUAGAACACACUCGUUUUUACCCACAUGUCUGUGAUGACUGUGGGAAGGGGUUUUCAGGCAUGUUAGAGUACAGUGAGCAUUUAAACUUGCAUUCAUCAGAAGGUGUUUACCUGUGCCAAUAUUGCGAGUACUCGACAGGGCAGCUGGAGGACCUAAAAACUCACUUAGAUUUUCGGCAUUCUGCAGAUCUGCCCCAUAAGUGCACAAACUGCCUUCUGAGGUUUGCAUCUGAAGAAGAACUUAAAACUCAUCACCAAACACACGAGAAAACAAGUUAG